AUAAAUCUAAUUCUAGCCCUCCUAACCAACUUUACAUUAGCCUCAUUACUUGUUAUYAUCGCAUUCUGACUUCCCCAAUUAAAUGCUUACUCAGAAAAAACAAGCCCAUACGAAUGCGGAUUUGACCCUAUAGGAUCAGCUCGCCUACCUUUCUCUAUAAAAUUUUUCUUAGUAGCCAUCACAUUUCUCCUCUUUGACCUAGAAAUUGCACUCCUUCUACCAUUACCAUGAGCUUGCCAAACAGAUAAUUUGAGUACUAUACUUACCAUAGCCCUUUUUCUAAUUUUAUUACUAGCCGCAAGUCUAGCCUAUGAAUGAACCCAAAAAGGAUUAGAAUGGACUGAAUA